CACUGAUGAUCAGUGUGCCCUGAUGAUCAGUGUAGCCCCAGCAGUGCCACCUGUCAAUGUCCAUCAAUGCCACCUCCCACUGCCCAUCAGUGCCACAUCAAUGCCACUGCCCAUCAGUGCCACAUAUCAGUGCCCAUCUGAGCUGCCUUUCAGUGCCACCUAUCAGUGCUGCCAAUCAGUGCCGCCUAACAGUGCCAUAUAUCAGUGCCGCCUAUCAGUGAUGCCUGUCAAUGCCCAUCAGUGCCACCUACCAGUACCUCCUCAUCACUGCCACCUAUCAGUGCAGCCUAUCAGUGCCCAUCACUGCAUCCUCAUUAGCGCACAUCAGUGAAGGAGAAAAAUCACUUAUUUACAAAAUUUUUAUA